AUGAAUAUGUUGGAUGAUGAAGACGACCAAAGCUUUCACGCUACGCGUGACGGCUACUCCCAUUUGAGCGAUGUCGAAUGGGAUGCGGUUGAACGGAUGGGUUCAACCAUGGGCAUCCAUGCUGUUAGCGUCAUGCUAGAGGCUCUCAAUAGAGAUGCCCAACAUGCUACUAUCGCCAAGUUCAUUCAAAAUGAACUUGAUGCCGAACGCGAGAAAGUAGCCUUGCUUCACCAACAAAGUUCUCAACAAGCAGAGUUGUUGAGAGAACAGGGUGUUGAACAGUUUGAACUGUUGAGAAAGCAGCAGGCUGCUGCUGCUGCUGGGUUGAUGCACUCGCGUCGACCCGAGACUUUGAAGGUUGACAUCUCCAAGUAUAGGGGAGUCGAAGAGGACUCCCUCUUGAAAUGGUUCGUCGAAUUAGACGACGCCACCAGGGCGAGUUGCAUCGACGACGGGGAUAUGCAAGUUGCAUUUGCCUGGUCAAAUCUGGCAGGACGUGCCAAGACUUGGGCACUGGGGCUCAAGCUGCACGACCCAUAUGCGUUUGGGUCGUUGGAAGUCUUCAAGUCACGGCUCAGACAAACGUUUGAACCGCCUAGAGCUGAGUUCAGAGCUCGAACCGAACUCUUGAAGCUCAAACAGGGUAAGCGUGAUGUGCACGCUUACGCGCAACAUAUACGACAUCUCACGAGUUGUAUAAGUUCCAACCCGGUUGAUGAACACACGUCGGUUUCGGUGUUCAUGCAGGGUCUUGCGGAUGGUCCCGUCAAGACUCACCUGUUCCGACUUGAACUAGAUUCACUAGAGCAGUCCAUUUCCAUUGCGGAACAGGAAGACUUCAGUCUGAGACAGGCUCGCACCAGCUCGACAUCAUAUCGUCAACCGAGACGAUAUGACAGCGGAGGUCCAGAGCCGAUGGAACUCUGUUAUGUAUAG